UGGACAUGCAUGCAUUGCUAGAUCAACUAAGGUUUAUAUAAGUGCUUAACAAAGUAGUCCAACUAGUUGAGACAGCGCGUGCUGCUGCUAGAGAGCUCGGGGACGGCGUGGAGAGACACUACACCAAACUCCAUUCGAGUGCUGGAAGUCCCUACAGCGCAUUUUCACCGCAAAUGUCAUCAUGCAUCUUAACCAAUGAACUACACAUUUUGCAGCUUUUAGUCCCAGCACCAUGAGCAAGAGGAAGGCGCGAGAUGCUCAUUUGCCUGUAGGAGAAUGCAUUUCACAGGUUCAGGAGAUUUUAAGGAAGCGGCUUUGCAAUCAGCAGCUCCCUGACAGACCGGAGGGAGUGGAGGCUCAACACAAACACCUCCUGGAGCUGCUGAAGCGCACGGCCGUCCACGGGGAGAGUAACUCGGUGCUGAUCGUCGGCCCCAGAGGAGCAGGAAAAACAAUGCUGCUGAAGUGUGUGCUGAGAGACCUGCUAAUGGAAAAAGAAGCACAGAAAAAUCUGCUGCAGGUUCACCUCAAUGGUCUCCUGCAGACCGACGACAGAAUAGCGCUUCAAGAAAUGACGCGGCAACUCCACCUGGAAAACGUCGUCGGGGACAAAGUGUUUGGAAGUUUUGCAGAGAAUCUGAAUUUCUUGCUGGAGGCAUUGAAGAAAGGGGAUCGCAGCAGCAGCCGCCCGGUGCUGUUCGUCCUGGAUGAGUUCGACCUGUUCGCCCACCACAAGAACCAGACGCUGCUCUACAACCUGUUCGACGUCUCGCAGUCUGCACAGGCUCCCGUCGCUGUGGUCGGCGUUACCUGCAGACUGGAUGUUCUGGAGCUGCUGGAGAAGCGGGUGAAGUCACGGUUUUCUCACCGUCAAAUCCACGUCCUGAGCAACCCCACCUUUAGACAGUACCUGGAGCGGGUCCAAACACAACUCAGCCUGCAGCCUGGCGACUUGCCCGACGACAAGUUCGCUCAGCACUGGAACGUCAGCAUCAAGACUCUGUGUGAAGACAAAUCAGUGGAGGAGGCUUUACAGAGGCACUACAACUCCAGCAAGGACUUCCGGUCCAACCACAUGCUGCUGAUGUUGUGCCUGAGUCGUGUGUCUGUAGCCAAACCUGCCAUCAAGCCUGCAGACCUUCUGGAGGCCAGCAGGAUGUGUUUCAUCGACGCCGAAGCCAAUAUGCUCCACGGUCUGUCUAUUUUGGAGUUGUGUCUGAUCAUCGCCAUGAAACACCUCAACGACCUCUACGAGGGAGAGCCGUUCAAUCUGCAAAUGGUCCACAACGAGUUUAAGAAGUUCCUGCAGAGGAAGUCGAACUCCAUGUACAACUUUGAGCAGCCUGUCAUCAUGAAGGCCUUCGAGCACCUGCAGCAGCUGGAGAUGAUCCGGCCGGUGGACAGCUCCACAGCCAAGACUCAGAGGGAGUACCAGCUGAUGAGACUCAUGCUGGACCACACUCAGGUCAUGGAGGCCCUGCAGAAAUACCCACAAUGCCCCACUGACGUCAAGCAGUGGGCCAUGUCGGCGUUCGGCUAGGACUCUAAAUCCAUUUGGACUCUCUUAUCGAAUGGAAACGAGCACUGCAGCUCAAACUAAGGACCAACAUUAAAACUGUCUACUGUUUCAAACUGUUAUUCAUGUUAUGCUGUAUUUUCUAAUUCACUGAAAAUUAAAACAAUAAACCACAUCUCUCUAGAUUUGGUAAUGAAAUGGAUAUUAGUUUUGAAAUAAAUAAAUGUGUUGAGUAAAACAAGA